AUGGGCAGCGGGAGCAGCCGGCGGCGGGGCGCGGCGGUGCCCGUGGGCAAGGCGCCGAAGCGCCGGGAGCUGCUGCAGACGGCGCUGGCAGAGGGCGAGGAGGAGGCGGCGGCGCUGCCCACCCCCGGCCGCCGAGCCCCGGCCGCCGCCGGUACCCCCCCGAUCGGGGACGGCGGCCGCUGCGGGGACGCGGCGGCGGGAGGCGGCGGGGGGGCUCUGCUGCUGCAGGCGGCUUUGUCAACCAGAAGCCCUGUGAGCCCAGGGAACAACAAUGCUGACCAUCAGUGCCCACAGGGGAACAGCAAGAAGCCAGCAGGACAGUCCACAAUAUCCUAUGAUUACUCGGAGGAGGAGCUCAUGGCGAGCAUCGAGCGGGAGUACUGCCGCUGAACCCGGCCCCUUGCCAUGAGAACUUCAAGCUUGUUCCUGGAAGCCCAGCUGGAGCAAAACUGCUACUGACAAAACAGCCCCUCGCACAGUGGGAUGGCCCGGGAGAGGAGGGUGGUGAGGAGAGAUGGAGCGUGAGAGGCAGUGUUACUGCUUGGGAAGCAUGGGGGAAGGAAGUCCUCCUGACCAACUCGGCCUGAGAGCAUCAGGUUCCUCACCAGCUGCUGAGCAGUGCUCCUGGAAGAGGAACCAAUUCAUCCGUGAAUCAGUAUUUAGAUGCUCAUUUCUAAACUGUAUUUCCAAAUGAAGAUGUACUAGAACUGAAGUGUCAUACUGUAAGUGUUGAGACAUGGUGCUUUGAAGGAAAAUCUUGUCUUAGCAGAAAUGAAAUGUAGCAAUAGAAUUCCUGCAUAAUAAAUGCAGCAAUAUGAUUCAGGUCUCACUUAAGGGGGUGUUGCAUGAAGUUCAUGUUCCUACCACUUACAAAGGGCCAAAUAUACUCCUUGCACUGUGCAAGCUUCAAGUCCAGGUCUGAAUUUGGCGCUGUCUCUUUGAAUGUGGUCCCCAGAAUGAGAUGCAAGAUGAAAAGGGGAGUGAGCCCACCAUCGAGUACAUAGGCAGUGUAAUCCCAGAGUUCAAAUCCCACCAUAUGGGCAAACGAGGCUCCUGGGAGCUAUCUGGUAGCAUAGGAUCUAUACAAUCCCUUUGGGGUGAGAUCUCAGCAUCAGUGUCCACCUUGGGUUCCUUGGUGUGGAUCCUCCAGACAAAGCAGGAGGUACAUCACCAGUGCUGCCCUGCUGCAGCGAGUGAUCACCCAUUUCGAGAGGGACUCGCAUGCUAUAGCAGAGAAGCUAUUUGUGAUCCGUUCUCAGAAUUACCACUCCCAGCCAUUCUGUGUAUUUCUUGUCCUUGGGAGGUAGCCUAGAAUUAUAAUCACUACAUUUUACCAUUAGCUGACUGCAAAGUAAACCAAAAGUCAGCUCUACAACAGAAAACGUAUUUUCAGUGCUCCCAGACAGCGAAACCUGGCAUUUUAGGGCUUCUGCUCUUAUUUUACCUGCGUCUUAACAUAUUAUGAGUAGCUGCCUAUUAUCAGAAGUAGAAAAAUACUUUAUUUCUGUCUUUAGCUGAAGUAUAAAAGACAUCAGAUGAAAUCUUCACAUAGCCCAUGUAAAUACAAGAGGAAACAGCAAGACACAUCUUAAGAUGAUGUAUUUUAAUUUCUUUGUAAUUCCUGGUAUCUGUGAAACAGAAAUAAAUGCAUCUGUGCUCAUGUA